AUGGGCAUGUUGAUGAUGAAUAAUGGCGGUAGCGGGACUAGCAGCUGCAUCCAGCCAUCACCGCAGGUCCUUGCCUCCCUGCCCUUGCUCGUCUACGAAUACGAGGAUCAUCCCGAUGCAACGACAGCGCCCACUGCUGUUGUUGAUCCAGCAGACUCUACUGCUACUGCUGCCACAACCACAACCACAACCACAAAGAUGCUCAUGUAUAGCCUGUCCGAGCGGGGCAUCGUCUACACGCACGGCAGUAGGCCUCAGAUGAUGGAUGGUAACUUCUGCUUCAGCACGCCUCAAGGAUGGCUGCUCAUCCUUGGACAAGUGUCGGAGGCCUCGCUGUGGCAUCCGCUCACCGGAGAGACCAUCACCCUCCCACCCAUACACGACGACCACUACAUCCCCGUCAACUGCAAGUGCCUGCUCACCCACAACUCCGCCGCCCACCCAGACUGUGCCGUUGUGCUUCUCGACGUCACCGAUCCUCUCAUGUGGUUCUGCCGGGUCAAUGGCGGGACUGACCGGAGGUGGGGGCAGCACACCUAUGACAUUGGCGACCACGACCUCCCUGAGGAGUUCCGCACCCCCUCUACGCCCACCAAGAAUGUCAUCGAGGACGUCGCCGCGCUGAGAGGGAAGCUGCAUUUCAACUUCACGAAAUCAGACCAAGACAAGAUGGGCAUCAUUGACUUGGAUUUCCCGUCUGAUCAUGGCCACCCUCCUGCCGCAGAGUUCCACGAGUUUGAUGUCUCCGAGCUCCCCGAGGGCAUGUGCUCUGGUUCCAUCUACUUGGUAGAGUCCAUGGAUGAGCUCUUUGCUGUUUGUAUCUGCUGUGUGGAUUUUGAUCCCAGCAACAUUGGCGCCGCUCUUAUCUACAGGGUGGACUCGUCUGGUGAGAAACCCGUAGCCUGGCACCGGGUGGAUGAUAUUGGGGACAGGGCUUUUCUUUUGACGGACAUGAACAUGGCAACUUGGUGCUUUGCAAGCACCAAUAACCUUAAAGGGAACACCCUCUACUUUCUCAAGGAAUUAGUGGCUGGCAACAGGGAUCUAUGCAUCUAUGAUAUUCAGGAGCAAACCAUGGAGAUUGUCCAGGUUCACGACCAAGAAGAUUUGGAGAUCGUGCGCACGCAGCCAUACUGGAUUAAUGUACCUCCGUGCUAG